ACACGGAGGCAGAGGGAAGAGUGGAUGUGCAGGCAAGGGGACGCACGGAGUGCUGCUGUCACUCUGCGCAAUGGCUUAAGUGGGGGCAGGUGCAGCCUGACCCUUGUACCUGCUGGGAAAGAGGCCUGUCUCACUGCACCUGGAACCAUGAGCGAAGCCCGAAGAGACAGCACCAGCAGCCUGCAGCGCAAGAAGCCCCCAUGGCUCAAGCUGGACAUCCCGGCUGUGGUGCCCCCCGCAGCGGAAGAGCCCAGCUUCCUGCAGCCCCUGCGGCGGCAGGCUUUCUUGCGGAGCGUGAGUAUGCCUGCUGAGACAGCCCGUGUCCCCUCGCCCCACCACGAGCCCCGGCGGCUGGUGCUGCAGCGGCAGACAUCCAUCACACAGACCAUACGCAGGGGGACAGCAGACUGGUUUGGAGUGAGCAAGGACAGUGACAGCACCCAGAAAUGGCAGCGCAAGAGCAUCCGUCACUGCAGCCAGCGGUAUGGGAAGCUAAAGCCGCAGGUCAUCCGGGAGCUGGACCUGCCCAGCCAGGACAACGUGUCACUGACCAGCACCGAGACGCCUCCUCCACUCUAUGUGGGGCCAUGCCAGCUGGGCAUGCAGAAGAUCAUAGAUCCUCUGGCCCGUGGCCGGGCCUUCCGCAUGGCCGAUGACACUGCCGAUGGCCUGAGUGCCCCCCACACUCCCGUCACACCUGGUGCCGCCUCCCUCUGCUCCUUCUCCAGCUCCCGCUCAGGUUUUAACCGGCUCCCUCGGCGACGCAAACGCGAAUCGGUGGCCAAGAUGAGCUUCCGGGCCGCUGCAGCCCUGGUGAAGGGCCGGUCUAUUAGGGAUGGCACUUUACGAAGGGGACAGCGCCGAAGCUUUACUCCCGCCAGCUUCCUGGAGGAAGACAUGGUGGACUUCCCGGACGAGUUGGAUACAUCUUUCUUUGCCCGGGAAGGUGUCCUCCAUGAGGAGCUGUCGACGUACCCAGAUGAGGUGUUUGAGUCCCCAUCAGAGGCGGCGCUCAAGGACUGGGAGAAAGCCCCGGAGCAGGCCGACCUCACGGGUGGGGCCCUGGACCGCAGUGAGCUUGAGCGAAGCCACCUGAUGCUGCCCCUGGAGCGAGGCUGGCGGAAGCAGAAGGAGGGCGGCUCGCUGGCCCCGCAGCCCAAGGUGCGGCUCCGCCAGGAGGUGGUCAGCACGGCCGGGCCCAGGAGGGGUCAGCGAAUCGCUGUGCCGGUGCGCAAGCUCUUCGCCCGGGAGAAGCGGCCCUACGGUUUGGGGAUGGUGGGACGGCUCACCAACCGCACCUACCGGAAGCGUAUUGACAGCUACGUCAAGCGGCAGAUCGAGGACAUGGAUGACCACAGGCCCUUCUUCACCUACUGGCUCACCUUCGUGCACUCACUGGUCACCAUUCUGGCUGUGUGCAUCUACGGAAUUGCGCCUGUGGGCUUCUCACAGCAUGAGACCGUGGACUCGGUACUUCGGAAGCGGGGCGUCUAUGAGAACGUCAAAUACGUCCAGCAGGAGAACUUCUGGAUCGGCCCCAGCUCGGAGGCCCUCAUUCACUUGGGCGCGAAGUUUUCUCCCUGCAUGCGCCAGGACCCACAGGUGCACAGCUUCAUCCUUGCUGCCCGGGAGCGCGAAAAGCACUCGGCUUGCUGUGUCCGCAAUGACCGCUCUGGCUGCGUGCAGACGUCAAAGGAGGAGUGCUCGUCUACGCUGGCAGUGUGGGUGAAGUGGCCCAUCCAUCCCAGCGCCCCAGACCUUGCAGGCAACAAGAGGCAGUUUGGUUCUGUCUGCCACCAGGACCCCAGGGUGUGUGACGAGCCUUCCUCCGAGGAUCCCCACGAGUGGCCAGAAGAUAUCACCAAGUGGCCGAUCUGCACCAAAAACAGUGCCGGGAACCACACUAACCACCCCCACAUGGACUGCGUCAUAACAGGCCGGCCCUGCUGCAUCGGCACCAAAGGCAGGUGUGAGAUCACCUCCCGGGAGUACUGCGACUUCAUGAGGGGUUACUUCCACGAGGAGGCCACGCUCUGCUCUCAGGUGCACUGCAUGGACGAUGUCUGUGGCCUCCUGCCCUUCCUCAACCCUGAGGUGCCUGACCAGUUCUACCGCCUGUGGCUGUCCCUCUUCCUGCACGCUGGGAUCCUGCAUUGUUUGGUAUCCGUCUGCUUCCAGAUGACAGUCCUGCGGGACCUGGAGAAACUGGCAGGCUGGCACCGCAUAGCCAUCAUCUACCUGCUGAGCGGCGUCACCGGCAAUCUAGCAAGUGCCAUCUUCCUGCCAUACCGGGCAGAGGUAGGUCCAGCCGGCUCGCAGUUUGGUAUCCUGGCCUGCCUCUUCGUGGAGCUGUUCCAGAGCUGGCAGAUCCUGGCCCGGCCCUGGCGUGCCUUCUUCAAGCUCCUGGCCGUGGUGCUCUUCCUCUUUGCCUUUGGGCUGCUGCCCUGGAUCGACAACUUCGCUCACAUCUCGGGCUUCAUCAGCGGCCUCUUCCUGUCCUUCGCCUUCCUGCCUUACAUCAGCUUUGGCAAGUUUGACCUGUACCGCAAGCGCUGCCAGAUCAUCGUGUUCCAGGCAGUCUUCCUGGGCCUGCUGGCCGGCCUGGUGGUCCUCUUCUACGUCUACCCGGUCCGCUGUGAGUGGUGCGAGUUUCUCACCUGCAUCCCUUUCACCGACAAGUUCUGUGAGAAGUACGAACUGGACGCCCAGCUCCACUGAACCAGCUGCGGACACCCUAGGCCUCCCUGCCCUCCCAGGGCGGAUUGGAUGGUGCUUCCUGAACACUGACCUCUUGUGCCUUGCUCGCUCCCGUUGAACCCUUACACUGCCGGACAUUUAUUACAUGAGUUCCCAUGAUAACCUUCUAACUAGUCCCCCGACGACCACCUCACGUGGCCAAUAAAUGGACUGGGAGCGUUUUAGCUGCCACUAACUUGA